CCCUGACCAUGGCGGCUCGCGGCGUCGGGCUAUUGACCCGCUUGCCGCUCUGUGCCCGGAGAAGAAGUCGCAUCCAGCGUCCUAUCCUCAGGCGUUUCAGUUGCCCAGGGACUGUGGCCGAAGACUUCAGGAGGGAAGAGCAGCCGUCGGGGAGCGUGGAGACAGGCUCUGAGGAUAAGACUCCCAAAAAGACGUUCUCUGAGGUACAAAAAGAAAGACGAGAACAGGCACAGCGGACUGUUUUAAUACAUUGCCCAAAUAAAAUCAAUGAAAAAAAGUUUCUUAAAUAUUUAUCCCAACAUGGACCUAUUAAUAAUCAUUUCUUCUAUGACAGCUUUGGGCUCUAUGCUGUUGUAGAAUUUGGCCAAAAGGAGAGUAUAGACUCACUGCAGAAUGGGACUCAUACUCCAAGCAUGGGUAUGGAGGCUGCAAUUCCAUUCAGAUCCCGUUUCUUCAAUUUGAAGUUGAAGAGUCCGUCACACCAGACUUCUGAGCAGCCGUGUGUACGGUCUAGUAACCAGUUGCCUCCUUCAAGCAAGAAGCUUUUUGAAUUACUUUGUUAUGCAGAAAGUAUAGAUGAUCAGCUGAACAUUCUCUUAAGGGAAUUCCAGCUGACAGAGGAGAACACUAAGCUCCGAUAUCUUACUUGUUCUCUUGUUGAAGACAUAGCAGCUGCAUGUUUUCCAGACUGUACAGUCAGACCCUUUGGCUCCUCAGUGAACACGUUCGGGAAAUUAGGAUGUGAUUUGGACAUGUUUUUGGAUCUAGAUGAAAUUGGAAAACUCAGCACUCACAAGACCUUAGGAAAUUUUCUGAUGGAAUUUCAAGUGAAAAACGUUCCUUCGGAAAGAGUUGCCACUCAGAAGAUCCUGUCUGUGAUAGGAGAAUGCCUUGACCACCUUGGCCCUGGUUGUGUGGGUGUACAAAAAAUACUAAAUGCUCGGUGUCCACUUGUGAGGUUCUCACACCAGGCCUCUGGAUUUCAGUGUGAUUUGACUACUAACAAUAGGUUUGCCUUGAAAAGUUCUGAACUCCUUUAUAUAUACGGUACCCUGGACUUCAGAGUAAGAGCCUUGGCAUUUAGUAUACGAUGUUGGGCUCGAGCACAUUCAUUAACGAGUAGUAUUCCUGGUGCAUGGAUUACAAAUUUCGCCCUUACAACGAUGGUCAUCUUUUUUCUCCAGAGAAGAUCACCCCCUAUUCUUCCAACGCUAGAUUUCCUAAAAACCCUAGCAGAUGCAGAAGAUAAGUGUAUAAUAGAAGGGAACAAUUGUACAUUUACUCAUGACUUGAAUAGAAUUAAACCUUCAGGAAACACAGAAACACUAGAAUUACUACUGAGGGAAUUUUUUGAAUAUUUUGGCAAUUUCGCUUUCAAUAAAAAUUCCAUAAAUAUUCGGCAGGGAAGGGAACAAAACAAGCCUGAUUCUUCUCCUCUGCACAUUCAGAAUCCUUUUGAAACUUCUCUCAACAUAAGCAAAAAUGUAAGUCAAAGCCAGCUGCAAAAAUUUGUAGAUUUGGCCAGAGAAAGUGCCUGGAUUUUACAACAGGAAGAUGUUGAUCGACCUUCCCCAUCAAGUAAUCAGCCCUGGGGUCUGGCAGCCUUCCUGCUACCAUCUGUGGUAAACAAGACGUCUCUUGCCAAGAAGAAAGUCAAAAAGCCUGCGAGUGAGAGAAUUAAAAACUUGUUAGAAUCCAUAAAGAGUAACACAACAGAAAACUGCACGAGCACCAAUGGGAAAAGAACGAUUAGUACUCAGACAUGAUGGUGGCUAUGUUGCUUUAAGAACUGGUUUCAUCCUAUAAAAUGGUCCAUGAACUGCCUGGAAGAACUGGUGUGAAACUCUCACAGGUCUAACUUUUCAUCUGAUGUCAUCUGUUAUUGGCCCUUUUCAUCUGGUCUGAAACGCUAUUCUAAUUAGUAUGAAAGCCAGUGGCACUUUAUUAAAAUGGCAACCCACCAGGUGUGGUGAUACAUGCCUGUGUAGUCCCAGUUAUUCGGGAGGUUGAGUGGGGAGAAUCCCUUGAACCCAGGAGUUCGAAUCCAAUCUGGGCAAAAUAGCAAGAUCUCGUCUCUAAAAAAAAUAAAAGUUAUAAGUCAACCAUGAAGAACAGGUGAAAGAAGACUGUAAUGCGUUUUAACAAAAUAGAUAUAAAACAAAUGGUAAAAAUCAGUUUUAUAAUCAAACCAGUAUUGAUUGCCACAUCAAUUUCUGGUUGGAAAACAUUGAAAUGGACUUCUAGUUAUGUAUAUAUGUAGCAAUGAAUACAAUAAACUUAAAAUUUGGUAGUACUCCUUAA